UUUCUGUAGACCAAAAGAUGCUGAUGAUUUACUUUUGUCUCUCUCUCUUUGUAAUUGUGAUUUAAAUUGUGUUUUUUUGCAUCAUUUGGAUUAAUUGUGUCUUUUUGUAGGAGAUUAAACUCAUGGUUUAACUGUUUCUUUGUGGAAUUGGAAAAGUAACUGUAAUUGUUUUGAUCGUUUGUUCAUCUCUUUGGUUUUGUGUUUUGGGUGAGUGAAUCUUUUCAAAAUGGUUGAAAUUGAUUCUUCCAUUUUGAUUGGGUUUAUAUUAUUACUCAUUUUUAAUGAGACAAUGGAAAAAGAACUUGAUGAAAGCCGAGUGCCUGAUAUACCAAGUAAACUUAAAUUGGAUGCAACUCUUAGUACCAUUUCAAUUAGCUGGUUACCUCCGGUUGAUACUUCAGUCUCAAUUAAGGGUUACAUUGUUGGCUGGGGAACUCCGGUCCCAUAUGAUUUUACUAAAGCUCUUGAUGCAAAUCAAACCUUUUAUCAAUUAACUGGACUUUAUCCUACAACUGAAUAUGUUGUCAGUGUUCGAGCUUUUAAUUCUAAUGGUGAUGGUCCACCCAAAUAUGAAACUAUCUGGACUCGUGCCCCUUCAACACCUGAACCUAAAAUUGCUCUUCUACCACCAAUUGGUCUUCGUGUAGAUGUCACUUCACCUACAUCAGUGGUUCUUCAUUGGACUGAUACAACUCUUAAUUCUCGUAAUCCUACCGAUGAUCGAAUUUAUACAAUUCGAUAUUCAUCUUCCUUUCUUUCGAAUAAUCCUAAAUAUAGAUAUAUCAACACAACUCGAACAAGUCUUCUCAUAGAAGAUUUAAAGGCACACACUCAAUACGAAUUUGCAGUUAAAGUAAUCAAGGGUCGAAGAGAAACAACCUGGAGUAUGAGUGCUAUUACUCCAUUACCGAAUAUGGAAUCAAAUCAAGAGAAAACGGAAGAAAAAAUGGUUUCCAAGUUGAAACCUUUUCAUUCAAUGAUCUUCCUCAUCUCAUCAAUUUCUGGAGCUGUUUUACUCCUUGUAAUUGCGGUGAGCAUUUUAUUUAUUAAAUCUCGUCGUUCACCAAGACAUGAACAUGAAUCUGUUCGUAAACACAAUGGUUACAUCGCUGCAGCCACAAGUCCCGUUGGAGGAAAACACAAAUCAAAUAUUGAACUUAAACCACCCGAUCUUUGGAUUCAUCAUAAUGAUCAAAUGGAAGUGUUUUGGUGAUGAAGGUCUCAUCUCUUUUUCUAUCCAUAUUAUAUAUAAACACAUCAACUUAUUGAUAAAUUGAUCAAAAGAUUAAGACAAAGCAGUAAUUAUUACCAUUUCGAGCCAUAAAAUGCAAUUUUUGAUGAAAGAGGAAGAUGGAAUAUCAAUAUCUAUAUGGAAAAUCAUACGAUUAUUCAUGUGUCAUCGCCAUUAUCAUCAUCUUAAUCACCUCAACCAUCAUCAUCAUCAUCAUGGAUCCUGAUUUAUCCUUGCCAUAAUAACUAUUAACAUUUACCUCUAAAAUUAAUUUCUGUUUGUAAUUAAUUAAUAUCCGAUUUGAACUUCAGACGUAAUUGAAAACCCGGUGUUCAUGUAAAUAACGAUCUUCUCCACCUUACCACAAUCUCAAUCUCAAUCCUCAAAAUUGAUCUGCUAAAUCAAAUUGGUCAUUAAUUGGUCAAGAAAAUCAACCCAAUGGCAUUUAAAGUGAAUGUGCUAAUCUAUCACAUUUUAUCAUAUCAAAAAACGACCUUUUUUAUUAUUAUUAUUAUUAUACAAAGACUGUUUUUUAUAUGUCAACUUUAACCAACAACAACCACAUCAUCACUAAUCAUUACAAAUCUUGUAGAUUUGUCUUUGAUUUAUCUCAAUUUUGCUCAUUCAUCAUCUAAUUUAUUUAAAUUAUCUAAAAUCUAAUCUAUUGCUUGGCAUUUUACUCUUCCAUUCAACCUCAUCGCACAAAUUGGAUGGAAAUCAAGAGAGACAAGAUGAUUAAAGAAGCAAGAACAAAAAAAUCAAAUCAAACACAAUCAACAGGAUUCACCUUAAAUCACAAUCUACUAUAUAACUUUGAUUGUAAUCAACUAACUACAAUUUACUUGUCAACUACAAAACUACAUUUAACUUAAUCUCAUACAAUGACCAGGACGAUGGAUUCAAUGAAUCUUCUGAUUGAUUCAAGACUAGAGCUUUUCUUUUUAAUUGUUUGUACAAAUGACCACGAAAACAUCAAGGAAUCAAUUUUAACCCUCUAAUUAGCUCAAGAAACAAUUUGAGUGUUUGAAUUAUACAAUUUUAGUACAUAAAUUGAAUAUUUAUAAAUAAUUUCUGUAAAAAAUGUAAUAUAAUUGAGAUACAUUUAUACUUAUAAACUGAAUUUAAACUCAGAAUCAAAA